GGGUUUUGGUACAGGAUGCUGAGACAAAACGCUGCAAACUUUUUAAUGGAUGACUUCUACCGAAACCCAGGGCCUCUUCAGUUUGAUGGCCCAGGCUUAGAUGCUAAGCCCCUGACCCUGUGUGUCGAAGAUCAGGACUACAUGGGACGGAUCAAGAAGCUCCAGGAGUACCUUGACAAGGUGAAGUGCAUUGUGAAACCAGGUUGUUCACAAGAUGUACUGAAAGCAGCCCUUAGUGCCAUGGCUUCUGUUACAGACAUUCUUACUGUAAUGACUUCACCUUCCAGUGUCCAGACUCACUUCUAAGUUAAAUGAAACUUGCCAUCUCCUUAAGAGUCCAAGUAAGAGCAGCAAGCACAAGGCCCUGAACCCUUUCAUAUUUGUUUUCUUCAUAUUUUUAUUCUCUGUGAUAUCAUUAGGAAAUUAGGAUGCUUUUUGCAUUGAUUUUAACACUAUCUCCUGCCCGCCGCGCCAAGCAUUUUGUAGCCUGCUUUAGGCCUGAAACUUGAAUAUGAUAGUACAAUAACCGUGAGUCUUGUUAA